AUGAUAAAGAAAAACAGAGAUAAAAAAUGUCAAUCUGAAAUUACAUCCCAAAACUCUCAGGAUCAAUUAUCACAGGCUUCUGAAAAACAACAUACAUCUUCCUAUCCACCUAUUAAUCAAAAAUAUCGUAUAGUCAGAAAAUCAAACAAGUUAAACGAUGAUGAGAGUGAACAAGACUAA